AUGUCUGGAUUGGAGGUUGCUGGUCUUGUUUUUGGAGUUCUACCAAUUCUCAUCGAAGCCGUAAAGGUCUACUCCACAGUCUCGGACGGCUUGCACACGUUCCGCCAUUGGUCGAGGGAGGUCAAGUCCAUAUCAUUACAGCUAAAGGUCCAUAAUGGCAUUUUUCUCAACGAAUGCCGCCUGCUACUGCGGCUAGUUGAAGACGAGAAGGGAGCGGAAGACAUGCUUGAAGACAAGGCGGACCGGCGCUGGACAAGCAAAGAGCUCAACGACAGGCUGAACUCGGUACUCAGCGACAACUUUGAGCUUUGUCGUAUCAUAAUAGAAGAGACGAAGAAUGUUGUUUGUGAUAUGACGGAAGAGAUGAAGAAGUUCGGUACCUUACAAGAGCAGAAACACAAGAAUGAAAAGAUCAAGUCAGCCAUUAAGCGUCUACGUGGAGCUAUUUCCAUAACCUUCGACAAAUCAAAGUUUGAGAAAUGCCUCACCGAUUUACGAGACCGCAACGGCGAUCUCAGCGCUCUUCGGCUGCAAAUUGGCGCCUUCCAACAGCAGAACACGCAUGCAGCAGGCACGCUGGUUAUGCACAAGACGCUCCCGGCUCGAUUUCACUCUAUUCAAAACGCUUCCCAAAAACUUCACGAAGCCUUGUGCAGCGCUUGGUGUUGCGACGACUUGGCGCACCGUGGACACUACGCGAAAUUGUGUCUGGACGCUGAGUUUCAAACCGAAGUCCGUCUUGACCUUGCCAUAUCUUGUCAAGAAACCUCAAAUCACGGCGAUGAAUGCCUACCACAAGAGUCACCGAUCUGGUUGUAUGUACAAUCGAUUAGUAUGGCUACGAACGAACGCAUCGCAAGCGCACCAGAAAUGAUGACAACUCUAAAGAAGUCUAUUCCAGUAGAGCUUCUAGCUUCAUCUUCUACGAAAAUGCUGAAGAAGAAAGCUUCUUCGGAAUUAACGCAACCAACAGUCUGCAAGACGAAGAGGAAGAAGCAGGUUCAUUUUAUCGAUGCAGCCAUCGCUCCAAGCCCAUCUCAAACCACAGCGACGAAAAUCACAGAGCCGAUACUACCAGAGUUCAACCUCUGCCAGACAACCAAUAUUUGCCACUACUUGCAGCGCAACUAUCGAGCCUGUGAAAGCAACUGCGUUGGCUAUCUGGAAACACCAAAAAUGUACAAGCACAUGUUCUUUGCUAGGAAUAACUCACCAAAAGAUAUACAACACGCUACUGUGUACUCGAUCCUCGACAUUAUGGAACAAGAAGCGGACGGCUUUCUUGAAGUCGAAGACCAGCUAAAGCUCGCGCACAAGACAGCGCUAGCAAUACUUCAAUUCAACGACACACCGUGGUUGUCAGAACGAUGGCGCCUGGCCCAGAUGAGCUACUUCGGAAGCAGAGACACCUUCGACGAGACCGCGUUGAAGACCCUACAUCUUAGCUCUCAGAUGUCGUCUCCAAUCCAGCAAAACACAACCGUUAUGGAUGGAGUAGAGCGCCCUGAAACAGGAGUAAGCGACGAAAUCCGUUACGGCAUCAACAAUCUACCGCUUUUCUUUCUCGGCGUUGCUCUGCUUGAGAUUGCGCAUUGGAAGCCACUCGAAGAGAAGAUGAUUGCUAGAGACGCCAGUGAUCAAGUUUAUGCUGCUCGGCGCCUUGCGUCUGGCCGUGCGCCUUUAGGACCAGAGUACCAGAAGAUCGCACAGAAGUGUCUUCAGUGCAAUUUCGGAUUUGGCACAAAUCUCAACAGCAAGGGCUUGCAAGCCGCAGUGUACAACGAUGUCGUGUGCGAGCUUGAGGGUAUGAUUGAGAAGCUAGCAGUGUGA